AUGACGUCAUCGUCUCUCCUCGAGCAAACUCGCUCCAGACACGAGGAGAUUGAAAGAUUGGAGCGGUUGAUCGUGGAAGAGCUACGAAAGACGACAGAACCGGCGUCCGGUAUGGAGAGAUUGGUCAAGGGACAUCGUGUACGUAACAUGGUACAGUCUAUCAUGCUUAAAACUAAUAAACUUGUUGAAACGUAUGAAGAUAAAGAUAGGACGAUGGAAACUGAGAUAGCAAUGCUUGGUGAAACAUAUUUGUUUUACCAUCGUUUGGAGGAGAUGCGUGAGUGUCAUAGGAAGCUUCAUCUUUCUGGGCAUCUUGUUGAUGAUAAUGAUGCUAGUGAGGACUAUAUAGCACUUGUGACAAAGGAAGUACCAGUUAUUGCGUUUAGUGAAGAGGAAGGCUUGACGUAUAAAGAGAUGGAAAAAGAACGUGAGAGGGAUCAGGAAGCUUAUGCCAAAUCAAGAGUUUACCAUCCGCAUUGGCUCAAGAAUCUUCGUGAACUUCAGCAUGAGUUUAAAUGUGAGAUAUGUGGGAACCAGAGCUAUAAAGGAAGAAGAAGCUUCAAGAUGCAUUUUAAAGAAGCGCAACACCAACGGGGUAUGCGUCUCUUGGGAAUCCCAAGCACAAACAGUCUUAAAGAAGUCACUACGAUUGAUGAAGCAGAGGAAUUAUGGAGGAGGAUAAAGUGGCAAGGAAUGUGCAUAUGGAGGCCAGAACUUGAAGAAUAA